UGCCAGAGGGAGAUCCUAACGUCUGGGUGACUGAAAACCUCACCAGAACACAACUGCAGACACGUCCAGCACCGCCAAGAUGGAAAAAGAUGAAAACAUGUACAGGAGAGAAUUAGAGAAUGUCCAUGGUGUUCCCCUCUUCUGGAGUACCGCUGAAGUGUGGGACCAAGUGGAGAACUUCCAAGCCAAGCCAGAUGACCUUCUCAUUGCCACCUACCCAAAAUCAGGCACAACAUGGAUCAGUGAGAUUGUGGACAUGAUCUACAACAAUGGUGAUGUAGAGAAGUGUAAACGGGAUGCAAUUUUCAACAGAGUCCCUUUCAUGGAGCUGAUUAUUCCUGGAAAAAUAAAUGGGUUAGAACUGCUGGCUCAAAUCCCAUCUCCUCGAUUAGUCAAGACCCAUCUUCCAGUUCAGCUUCUUCCUGUGUCCUUUUGGGAAAACAACUGCAAGAUAAUCUAUGUUGCCCGAAAUGCUAAGGAUGUAGCUGUCUCUUACUUCCAUUUCUACCAGAUGGCAAAGAUGCACCCUGAACCUGGCACCUGGGAUGAGUACCUGGAGAAAUUCAUUGCUGGAAAAGUUGCAUUUGGAUCCUGGUAUGACCAUGUGAAAGGCUGGUGGGAGAAGAGGAAAGAGAAGCGUAUUCUGUACCUGUUCUACGAGGACAUGAAAGAGGAUCCUGAAUGUGAAAUAAGGAAAGUGUUUCAUUUCCUGGAAAAGGAUCUGAAGGAGGAAGUAUUGAAAAAGAUCCUCCAACAUACCUCAUUCCAAGAGAUGAAGAAGAACCCCACUACCAAUUACACAAUGAUGGCAUCUUCUGGAAUGGACCACAAUGUGUCUCCUUUCAUGAGAAAAGGAAUUGCAGGUGACUGGAAGAAUCACUUCACUGAGGCCCAGAACAAGGCAUUUGAUGCAGAUUAUGAAGAGAAGAUGAAGGGAUUGACCUUGCAGUUCCGAGUAGAGAUCUGAAAGAGCAGAUGCCCUUCUUCCCACUGCCUUAUGUGCUUAGUUAGGCUCAGACAAAGCAGACAUUCAGGAUGAAUCAAAUAAACAACAAUUGUUAAACAUU